UGCAGUGUGAUACGAGCCGAGCUUCGGUGCGCCCAAAUUUGUCUCCCAAUUAAUAGUGGGACGAUUAAGCGCAGCGUAUUAAAGCGAUAGGGAAUUCAAAAGCCAAAAUAUCACACAGAGCAGCGGGUUCAUCGACGGACACAACCAAACCCGUUAGCGCCGACGAGGGAGGAGAGAGCGGAUCUUGCGAAACCCAUUGGUUUUCGGUUUUAACGAAGAGCCGCCUUUUAUUUGACUCACAACCGACGCGGCUUUUUCCCAAGAGAGCGAAGCAAGUUUGUGUGCGUGGACGCUGUCACCAGCGGUGGGGGGACUGACUGGGUGGACACUGGUGCACGGAGGGGGUGGUGUUUGUUUGGAAGGGGGGCAACGAUCUGCUCGAACCUGGCCCUUUAAAUUACCUCCACAAGCGCUGUGGACGAGACAGCAAAGUUACCUACAGGUGUCUGAUUCAGCUUUGGUCUUCAUCUUCUUCAUCAUCCAGAUUUUUCUCCUUUUUCUUGGCGCGAUAACCGAUGGCAGAGAAUGUCGACAACUAAUAACAUAGCGCAGGCCAGGAAGUUGGUGGAGCAGCUGAGGAUCGAGGCCGGCUUCGAACGGAUCAAGGUGUCAAAAGCAGCCGCAGACCUCAUGAGUUAUUGCGAGCAGCACGCCCGCAGCGAUCCUCUGCUGGUCGGGGUUCCCACCUCAGAGAAUCCCUUCAAAGACAAGAAGCCUUGCAUCAUUCUAUAGCCACUCUCUCUCUCUCCUCCAGCUAUCUCAGUCCCGACAGCGCCCAUCCCCGGUCAAUGGGCAAUUCAGUCCAAAACUUCUUUUAUCUGGAAUCCACAGUAUUCUCCAGAAAAUAAAUGCCACACUUUUGUCAGUAAAAAAGAAAGGGGGCAAUAUCUGAACACCUAGCGUCAUGUAGCCGGGCGUUGAGUGCAUCUAUAUGAAUGAAUGUACGCACGCGUGCGUAGUGCGACCUUCAUGUCGACAUUCAUGCAUAUAGACUCGCCUAACAGGAAGUGGCAGAUUCGAAACUAUUUCAUAAGAUUAAUACAGUGCUCGAGAGACUGAGAGAUGCUCCAGCAUGUUUUUCAGUGCAGCGAACGGUGACCUUAUUACCAUAGGUGAUGGAGGUGAGUGAAGUGAGACAGUCACGGUAAUGUCGACUGACUAGCUGGCUAGCCCAGUCACACUGUGGUAAACGGUUGUUCAGUGUUAACCCUGCAUUGUCAAGUUAGAUCUGCAAACUAGAUUUGUACGGCCAAAAUUGAAUCCAGGUAUGCUUACCUUUAUCGAAACGGCACAUUUCACGUUUUACAAAGGGAUUCACGACAUCAAACCAGAGUUGCCAAUAUUUUUACGUUUUCUUUCUGGUCCAUUUGUGAGCUGUAGUUUUUCUUUUUACAUGAAUAAAACACGCAUUUAUUGCUUUUUUCUAAUCUUUAUACUAUACUUCAAAAUCCUCAGACACUUAGUUAUAAAGGAAUAAUUUUAUAUAGCGCAGAGAAAAGUAAACUAACUAUUAACGCUUUCCUGGCCUCCUUAAAAUAUGGUGGUUCUGUAUAAAUAAAUAUUUAGUUUAAAUUGAAUAAAAAAAAUAUAUUUGGAUGCAGUCAUGCGACCCCCAAAAUUUAGUGUAAGUAUUUAAGAUCCUAAUAGCAGAGGCUUGGACCCGCCCCAUUAUAUAGAGUCAUUUUAAAAUGUAUAAUCGUCCGACCCCCCCACUAAUCCUUUUCUCUAAAACCAAACUUGAUUGUAAAAUCCACAUAGAAGGUAAACAUGUACAAACUUUCUUUUGGAUAUGUUCAGAGGUGUUGACUUUGAGAAUAGCUGUUUGGAUUUGUUUGUUCCGAUUUCUUCUUUCUAUGGAAACAUGGAAUCUGGUCAUUUAGUAUGAUACUGUACAGUGUUUGAUAACUAAAGCGCAUUCAUUUUUUUUGUGUGGAUGUUUUAUCUUUUAGUAAUCCUUGUGUAAUAUUUCUGUUUCCUCAUUCAUAUUUAACCUUUCAGUUUGUCCUCUUUAUUGCAAGGCAGUGAAUGAAGAAAUCGAUUGCUUGCUUGUUCUCUAUUAGGGAAUGUGAACGGAUUGUUGACACUGUACACACAAUGCCUACACCCGUGGUGAUGUAAGGUACUCACGGCAUUGGUACCUGUUCGAUAGGCACACGUGUUGAGGUCGUCCACUGUUUGAAUGGCAGGAUGUUCAGUGUCAUGCAACAGGUCGCUGGGCUUGGCUCUGCCUGAGAAGUCACAUGCAACUUCGCAAGACGAGGGGGCAAGGUCAAACCACAACUCUGAAUGUUUCAUACGCACCCGGCACAUGAUCCACACUCGCCUGCAGUGCGUGUAGUUGGAAAUCGGCAGCGUGCACAACAAUCCCAGAGCAGAUUUAUGCCGAAAGUAGAAUCGACCCAUUGUCCCUCUAGAUGAUGGAAAACAGCAUUGUAGUGCAGCCGAAUGGGUCUUGGGAAUGGUGUGGUACUGUAAUGGGACAUAGAGGGGGGCUUGUGCUCUUCACAGCCCACAGGAUGUUGUCAUUAUAUUUGACGUGACUAAGACAUGUUGAGUGGUCAUAAGAUUGGAUGAGUCAUACAGCAGGCCAGUGAACAACAGAGAAUCUGCUCUCUAUCAGUUGGCACGCCGCGGACGGAGCUUAUUCAGUGACAUCACUUCCUGUCUAGCGUGAGCUGAUCAGCGUGUUUGGCAGAACAGGACAUUGUCAGGUUGGUUUUGAUCAUAGGCUAGCACAGAUGUUGACUUCUUUAUGAAGUAUGCUUUUUAGAAAAAUGGUACUGAAGCGGUCACUGGGGCAGUACCUUAAAGGUCCUUAUGUGUACUGUUUAGGUACAGAUAAAUACCUUUGAGGUACUAAUAUGCACCCUUUAGGUACACAAAGGUGUACUUUCAUGAAAGGGCCCGCCCCAGCGACAGCUUUUGUAAAUUUUUCUGACAUUGAAAGAGUUUUCUUGCAACGGAUAAGAUACUUUGGGAAAAGACUAAAUGCACCGUAUUGUAUAAUGAAGAGUUGUAAUUUAAACUAUUAAAGUAUUAUAUUUGAAACUUACUCACUUCUCCAUUACUAACCACAUUACUAAAGGCCAGCGUAUGGUCCACUUUUUAUGCGUAGGCGAAGGUCCGCGUACAGUGCGCAUAACGCAAUUUUCUUCUAUGUGUCGAACGUCGGUGUACUUGUACGAGUCAAAUAAACUAUAGUUUGCAAGGCUGUGCGUUCGACCAUGCGCGUACACGUAAAGAACAGACUAUACUCCGGGCUUAAGACACUUAGAGCAGAAGUUCACAUUAGGAUAAAGCCUUUCUGGAGAAGUGCAUUAAUUGCAUAUUACACAGACAUGUAUUGAGUGCUACUAACCGUUAAGUUUUAAAUGAAAAUAUGAAGUUUUUUCGCAUGAUGCCAACCAAACUGUUAAACUCGCUCUACCGUGUUUGAUGGUAUUACACUGGAGCAAACACUGUGAAAGUCAGCUAAACUAAGUUUGCGUAUUAGAAAUGAUUUGACUCGCAGUUUUGGGAUGCACAGUAUUAUUUUCCCCUCACCACCUGCAUAAGGUUACAAUAACGCUCCAUACUUUAAAGAUUUUAAAAAGACCCUGUAAUCAUUUCACCGAGUAAAUGACUUGCUAUGUUGUGAAACCCGAUGUUUGCAACAGUUUGAGCAAGGGAACGUGUCUACUUACAAUUUGUGUUGCGUAAUGCAAGAACAUUUAAGGUGCUGAGAAGGCCAUGAUACCUUAACCUUGAUUGCUCCAUCCCAAACGUCAUUUGACUUUUCACACCGUCAUCGCUCCCUCAUGACCAUGAGAGAUGACAUUUAGGCUUUGUGUGGGUAAAAUCUGUAGCCAGUAGAUUCAAUCUCAGCCUGUGCCAUUUCUUUGUGUUUUUUCCUGUGUAUGCAUAUGUAUCUUUAUGCCUUGAUUAUGAAGAAAUAUAUCUAUUUUUUGUAAUUGUUCUUCUCGGAUGUGCCAUAAAUCAUGUUUUUCUUGCACACUGUUAAUAUUUUGUGGAUAUUGCUGUUUAAAAUUGAUGAUAUCGAAAAAGUAGAUGAAAUAAAGACAAAAUGUUACUCUGCA